AUGCUUGAAUGCGCACUCUUUGGGAUGUGUAGAGAAAAGCUAGGAUUGAGCGGAAAACAGUUCAGUAGAAUUGAAAAGGUGUAUGAGACUGGUGGAAAGAAGGCAAUAGCUCACAUAGAGAAAGGCAGAGAUGAAAUGGAAAUACAUUUUUAUGAUACUCCUGACAGGAAUAAACAAAGAAUGUCAAUAGUGCGUAAAAAGACUGUGGUACCAUUCACAAAGGAUUAUGACAAGUUUCUAACUGCAAUAGGAUAUAAGAAUUUAUGUGUAAAUUUAGUUGAAGGAUUUAGGUACUAUAGAAAUGGAUAUACAAUCGAAAUAACUAAGAUGAAACGAACAAAAGACAUACUAGACAGUAGCGAAGAGAACGAAUUGGUUAGUUCGCCUGAUCUUCCUGAAUGCUUAUUUGAGUAUUACCUUGUAAAGGUAUUUACAAAUACAGAAAGCGUCAAUGUGGGUGAAGAGAUCUUAAAUACUGCAUUCCAUGAGUUGAAUGAUGUCGUAAAGCUGGUCAAACCUGCACCUUCUAUAUUUUAA